CGGGUGCUUAGGAAGACUAGUCAGUUGCUCUCCACCAGUCGCAGGAAGACACGUUACGCAAAAUACUUUCCACAUCGCAGCUCUCUUGCUAGUAUCAAAGAAAAGACUUGACUCAUCAUGCAGCCAAACAGGGGCACGGAUUUGGCAUAAGCACAGCCGUUUGCCUUGUUGUAAUUCGAUUCAGUACUAUAUAAAACAGAAAACAGUAUGUCCCGCAAUCUCCUCACGCAGUUAAUACUCGUAAUCGUUGGAAACGGGGUAGUUGUGAAUGGUCAAAACUUCGCAGACUUGUUUGUAAGUGCCGCUAUGAGAGUGGAGGAGGUGCGACCGACUACCGACCUUAUAAACAAGUAUGGUUACCCCGCUGAGGCGCACCAUACCGUUACUGAGGAUGGGUACAUUCUACGCAUUGAUCGCAUCCCUCGGCCUCAAGCACCUGUCGUCCUUGUUGGUAAUCCGCUGUUUUGCAAUUCAGCCUGUUUUGUGGGACUGCAGAACGAAUCGCUUGCUUUCAAAUUAUACAACGAGGGGUAUGACGUCUGGCUAGGAAAUUUCAGAGGAAGCGGUCUCUCAAAAAAUCACACAAAUUAUACAAUAUUAGAUCGGCAGUUCUGGAAUUACAGUUUACACGAGCACGGUGUGAUAGAUAUUCCCGCUAUGGUGGACUACGUGCUAGCCGCCACGGGAAAGCCGUCCCUGUUGUAUUCUGGCCACUCUAUGGGGGCCACGUCCUGGUUCAUAACGGCGGCGCUCCGGCCCGACUACGAGCAGCGCAUCAGCGCCGUUUUCCUGAUGGGGCCCGUCGCAUCGCUGGCGCACCACCGAAGCCCGAUGCUAGACGUGCUCCACCCCUUCGAGAAUGUCACACUUGACUUUGAGACUGCGUUCGGCCCACACAUGCUCCCGGGUUCUAACAGCUUGCUUCGGUUUUUAGGUGGUUUAUUCUGUCGGACUUUUGUGCCUCCGGAAGAUCCCUCGCAUUGUUUAGCUUUUGCAAUACUUGGUGAGCUGACUGCUGGCGGUGGCAACUUGGUUUAUCCAGCAUAUUUCCAAUAUUACGUCCCGUCGGGCGUGUCAAUGCUGGAGUUAUUGCACUACAUCCAGCAAGCCAAUCGAAACUGGCCUGGCUUUCGACAGUUUAAUCACGGAGCCGCCAAAAAUCGCCAGCUAUACGGACAAAGCGUACCUCCUGACUACAGUUUAUCAAACACCAGCGUCCCUGCGUAUCUUUACACCGGGAGAACCGAUAUCUACGUUUCACCAGAAGACCUAGCUUUCCUGACCACCUCACUGAAGGACGUAAAGAAAGUCUAUCAAGUCCCAGAAAAUACAUUUGGCCACCUUGAUUACGUACUGAACCCUAAAGCUCCAAUACUACUGUACGAUACCAUGAUUGCGGACAUGGCCUCUUUCCUGGAAAACCAGGAGUAGUGACAGCUUGUGAGUGCUUAGUGAAAGUUUGUAAAAUUAACGUCAGUCGGGAUGAUAUGACCCCAUCUAAAAAUAUGGCACGCAUUGAAACAGACGGGAAUAUAUAAAACUGUGACUCUCCAAGUUGUCCCUCCCUCAAUCUCGACAGACGGCGCCUUGUGAUAGCGGUGGCCGCAGGCGCGCCCGUCCCACGCUGCCUGUCGCAUCCGAUGUGCCGCGCACAAUGAAACCCCCAAGUGGAUUAAGGUCUAUGAUCGUUAAGCUCGGCGCCCCGACCUCGGUCGCCGGCUAAAUACUUUGGAGCGUGUUACACGGCAGGGGCUUUGGAGUACGGCUGGCGGACCGUAACGGGGCGUGGCCAGGCGCGGCGGGGAGCGACGUCACAUUCCGACUCUGCCCCGCCGAUCUAGUUAGAGCCGUAACCGGCGGCCCCUGGCGGCAGCGCGGGCUGUACACUGCCUCGGCCCACCCCUAGCUCGUCCUAAAUUCACUUGCGCAAGCGCUUCUGUUGGUACGGGCUGCAAAACUUCGGAUAUAUUCACACUUCGCUUUA